AUGACAAGUAAUCGCGAGAAAAAUCGUUACGAAAAGAUAAAACAUCUCGGCGAAGGUCAGUUUGCAAAUGUUUAUAAAGCAAAAGACGUGGAAACGAAUGAAUUUGUAGCUAUAAAAAAGAUUAAAAUAUUAUCUCGUCAUGAAGCGAUGGACGGUAUGGAUAGAACAGCGAUUCGUGAGAUUAAAUUAUUGCAAGAACUUCACCACGACAAUAUUAUUAAAAUAAUUUUUUUCAAAGUUUUUCCAGCAAUUAAACUGAUAUAUCAUUAUUAUAAUAAUUAUAAUUCUAUUUCCGAUUCCCGAUUCACGAUCCUUCUCUGCCAAUAUAAUAGUUUUAUCCCUUUGCGCGAUGUGAUUGGUCAUAAAACAAGCAUUCAAUUAGUUUUUGAUUUUAUGGAAACGGAUUUAGAAAAUAUAAUCAAAGAUAAUUCCAUUAUUCUUAUGCCGGAACACAUAAAAAAUAUAACUCUUCAAAUGUUGCUCGGUGUUGAAUAUCUUCACGCACACUGGGUUCUGCACAGAGACUUAAAGCCAAACAAUCUACUAAUGAACAGCAGCGGACGUAUAAAAAUAACAGAUUUUGGUUUAGCACGCUUUUUUGGUUCACCGAAUCGUAAUUAUACAAAUCAGGUAGUGACUCGAUGGUACCGGGCACCAGAGUUGCUAAUCGCUGUUCGCGCUUAUGGAGGUGGAAUAGAUAUGUGGUCAGUUGGAUGUAUUAUAGCCGAAUUAUUAUUACGGGUUCCUUUGUUUCCUGGAGAAACAGAUCUCCAUCAGCUUAUAAAAAUAUAUGAUAUCUUAGGAAGUCCUACCGAUGAAGAAUGGCCGGAAAGAAAAGAACUUUGUAAUAUUGAUAACUUCAUUGAAAUGAAACCAUGUCAAGGCAUUCCUCUUCGAAAUGUUUUCACAGCAGCAAGUGAUGAUCUCAUUGAAUUGAUACAAUACUGUCUUAAAUACAAUCCUCUACAUAGGUGGACUGCAACUCAAGCUCUUAAUUCGCAAUAUUUUCGGCUGGUAAUAUAUUAA